AUGCAACAUCCCCGAAUAUUCAAUUCACAGUCGAAUCCACGAUCGAAGAACCAACCAUCAACCAAUCUAACCAAUACGCAACAAGGAUCACCCUCGAUUCUAGCUCAACAAAUGAGUGCCAAUCAAGCAAGCUUAACUAUUGGAUCAUCUGCUUCAAUCAUUUCUGGAACUGGUUCAACUACUAUUUCUUCACCUUCAAACUUUAUGAAUCGAAAUAUUGGAAGCACAAUAACUAUAGGAAGGAAGGAUAAUUCAAAUCAACAUGAUAUUCAUAGAACUCCAAAUCUUAGUAUGCGAACAAUUGCCCAGAAUAGAGAUCCAAUACAAUUAACUGUAUGGUUUCAUGAACUUAGAUCAUCAGAAGAAGAUGUUAUCAUCGACUCAAAUGCUCUCCCUGGUGGAGUUAGAAAUGGUCAACUUUAUGAAUUACAACUGUUGGAAUCUGAAAGUUCAAAGAAAUUAUUAUUCAUCAUUAAUAAUAGAAAUUUAAGAGAUAGACCUGAAGAAAAACCAGUCAAUUUAAAAUCAAAAUUACAGAUCUCAUUGAUAUCAUCUUUACAAAGAUUAAUGGAUUUACCUCCUAGAAGUUUAGUUCAAAUCAAACAAAUAUUAGACCCUAAAUUAGCUGAAGUCGAUUCAGUUGAAAUAUUCAUUAAAGAUGUAAACUUAUCUCGUGAUUCAAUGUGGAAUUUCUCAUCAACUUUAGUUAAUACUUGUACAUAUGUUGAUAAACGAUUAAUCUUUUUACAAAAUCGUUGUGGGACAGUUAAAGCCAUAUAUAAACGCGGUAAACGAAUAUUCUCAGGAUAUAUCACUGAAUCAACCAAGAUUAUAUUCCGUUCAGAAAGUGCUAAAUUAACUUUAUUAGUUCAAUUAUCACGAGAAAUGUGGGAUUUUGAAGAGAAUGGUGAAAUCAUCUUUCAUAAACUUGUUAAUAAUUUAUUUCCCAAGAUUUUCAAACGUUGGAGAGAUAAACAAACACAUCAUUCCAUUACCAUUGUAUUAUUUACAAGUGUUGAUUUAACUGAUAUACCGUGGAUGACAUUAAAUCAAGGUGAAAGACCGAACAACAGAAGAGAUUAUUAUAGAGUAGUGGUUGAUCAAGUUAAUCUCACCCAAUGGGAUAAAAUCAUGGCUAAUUUAAGAUUAGAGUUUGCUAAUUUUAAACGAGAUAUAAUGUUAGAACAAUCAGAUAAUCUGGGUUAUAUCUUAGAAGGUGAACCAUUGCCUUCCGUCAAGGGGAAUUUACUUGAAGCUAUAAAUUUAGCAACUUCCAUGAGUUGUAGUAGGUUUGUUAAUACUGAUUUAAAACAUUCUUUGAACCAUUUAAUGGUAGUUACACCGGGUACAGGAUUAUUUGAUGUUGAUUAUCAACUCUUGGUUGAAACUUCUAAAAAGCUCUCAAGCAUAGAUAGUGGAUUGGAUAUUAUUUGUUUAAGUCAACCACCAUUACAUAUUGUUCCAUUAUUUAGAUAUAAUAAAAAUGGAGCAAUUGGUCAUUGUGUACCAACCUGGUGUGAUAUUUCAUUCUUUAAAGAUUCAAAUCGAAUUUCAAAUCAAUGGAUGCCAAGAUGUAAGAUUUAUGAAUUACAAAUGAUGGGAGUUAUGGAAAAUAAUAGAAAUGAUGUUAGAAUAGAAAGAUUUCAAACUUCAACCACUGCUUCAAAGACAUUAUUAGAAAUUAUGGAUGAUUAUGAUAACAAUGCAUUCCAAAAGAUAAAUCGACAAAGGUUAUUAGAUAGUGAUAAUCUUUCCAAUUUUGAAAUUAAAAAUAAAUCAAAGAUUGAUAAGGUUAAAAAGCCACGAAUCACUCCCUUAAAGAAUGCUCAGGCAACAUUAUCGUUGAUCUUUAAUGCUAGGACCACGUUGUUGCCCACCACACAAGCUUCUUCUUCGACCAUAUCUUCAGCAUUGGGUACAGUAACUCAUACCAGUAAUGAAACAUCGGCUCUUUCUAAAUUGUAUACUAUAAAUAAGAACGUGGAUGAUAGAACUAUAGCACCACCUUCAAGAAGUAUUACCCCUAUAUCAGCUACAAUUAGAAGCUUUGAUAGUUUUGGUGGUUCCAAAGAAUCAAAAGCCAGACCGAUUAUGAUAGAGAAAGAUAGUCAUAGACAUUCAACCACAUCCUCCAUUAAAAACAAACAUCAUAAACAACCGAAGAGACGUAGUCAAAGUAAAGGCUCAAAUGGUAAUUUAAGCUCUUCUCAAGAGUUAGAAAAGGCAACUGAUUUAUUCUGGACAGAAAUUUCUAAUCCAUCAAAGGAUUUAAAUGCUGAAACUAUUAUUCAUGCUAAAGUUAGUAGAUGGUCCAAUGUAUUUCCAACUCAAGUUAAACGGAAAAUCAUUAAAUGGAAAUCAUUUGGAUCUCCAGCUGCUUUACCAAUCACUACUCUUUUAUUCCCUACUGCUAAUCAGUUAGAAACGGAAUAUACUUUCCAAAUUUACUCCGUCAUGUUGAAUGAUGAGAAUUAUUUGGAAUUAAGAACAACCCAUGAAUUAAUGAGAGAAAUGAUUCAAUUACGUUUAUUACUUGGAUUCCAGAUUUGUUUUGGUGAUGUGGUAAAGAAAGUUGAAGCAGAAAGAAAAACUGGGGGUAGUGCUGAAAGUUUAAUCAAAUACUUCCCUGCUCACGGUGAUAGUCUUGGAGCUCGAAUCUAUAUGAGUUUAGAGAAUGAAAUUCAUCGAAUUCAUUGUGAUUAUAAUGGAAAUCUAAAUGUUCAACUUUAUAGACGUACUGAAAAUACAGAAGAGAACAAUAAAAUCCAUUUAGGUCCUAAUAGAGUCACUCCAUACUUCCCAUUAAUCAGAACAAGAUACGUGGAUGAGUAUUCAAAUGCUAGGAUGGAUUGUAUCAAUCUGAAACCACAAACUUAUAAUUGGAAUCAAUUUGAUCAAUUCUUGGCAGGAUUUGAAGAUGCCAUGCCGGAAUCAAAUAAAGAAUUCUUCAAGAUGAAGUUCGUUAUCAUGCCCGCUCCUAUUUCCAAGAAUUCAUUUUUUAUAAGUAAUGAAAGCCUUAGUGAUGAAGAAAUUCGGGUGGAAGGACUUCGUAAAUUGAUUGCUUUAAUUGAAAAGGGUAGAUAUAUUAAACGGGAAGACCAGAUCAAGAAAAAGAAACAACAAGAACCGAUACCGGAGGUUGUUUUCUAUACCGGUAACUUAUAUGAUUUCCUUAAUGAAGAAGCUGAGAAUCAUGAUAUAACUGGAAAUCAACCACCGUUAAUGAUUCCUGAAAAUAUGAGAUUUAAUAAGAGUAUUAAGCUUUCUGAUUUAGCCCAAGAAUUACAAAGUCCAACUGGUUUGAAAUUAGUAGAUAGAACUUGGCAUUUCAAACAACAUUUGCAUUGUUUCUUAGGAACUGAAAUUGUAUCUUGGUUAUUAGAAUGUUUUGAAGAUAUCGAUACUAGAGAAGAAGCAACUGCUUAUGGACAAAGUUUGAUGAAUAAGAAAUUAUUCAAGCAUGUUGAACUGAGACAUGGACUUUUAGAUGGUUAUUACUUUUAUGAAUUUGAAGAUGAAUUCAUUGAUAAAACUUAUAAAGAAUCUCAAACAGCAGGUUCAGGUUGGUUUGCUAAGAAAGUAAUACCUACCCCUGCUGCUGUUCCAGAAAGAAACAAUAGUGGUUCAAACACUCCAAUACCAGGUACUCCAACCUAUACUAGGAACAAUUCCGAUGCAGAAUCUACUUCAUCACCUAAUGUUCCGGAAAAUCUUGAUUUAAGAGUUGUGACUUCUAGUAAUUUGGUAGCGAAUGAAUCUUCUGAAGUUUCCUCUAUGAGUGGAUCUUUAACUCAUGGUAAAAAGAGAAAGAAGUUUAUUUUAAGUAAGUCUAUCAAAUUUAAUGUUGAUCCUUUGAAUAAAUCAUAUAGACCUGAAAUUAUUACGGUCCAUUAUGAUAGGGUUCAUAAUCCUGAACAUUGUUAUCAUAUAAGAUUACAAUGGUUAAAUGCAUCUAGUAAAUUUAUUGAUGAGACUAUUACUACAUGGUCAAGAUUAUGUGAUAGACAUGGUCUAAAAUUGGUUGAAACUCCAUGGAAGGAACUUUGUACCAUUCCUCAAAUAAAUCCAUUCCAUUCAUUUGUAGAAAUGAAAUUUGUGAUAAAUCCAUGGUUAGAUGAUGAAUUCAUUGAUCCAAGAAUCAUUAAGAUUAAUAAAUUUUAUUAUCAUUUCUAUUUCUUAAAGAAAUGUGAAUUUUUAUUAGAUAAUAGAGCUUCAUUAUUUUUCCAAAGAGAAAAUAUUGAUAUUUCAUAUAGUUGGGGUAAACCAACUUUCCAAUAUGCUCAAUAUAUUCAUAAAACAGGUAGUUAUAUUGUCGAAUUAAGAGAUAAUGGAGAUUUCUUUGUGGCUCCUAAUAAUAUUCAUGUGAUUAGAAACAAUACUAAUUUAAGUAAUUUACCAGAUAAUGAUAAAUCAAACAAUUUAGAUUCUCAAACCAUCAUGUUGAAUUUCAGAUCAGCGUGUCAAGAUGUUGAGUUCUUAAAGUCUUUGUUUAGAGAAGCAAAAGAAGUUUGGAGAGAAGAAUUCCUGGCCGAAGUAUUACCAGCCGAUCUUAAUGAAAUUUAAAUAAACA